GCGUGCACAGACACCCUUCCAGCACAUGGGGUCACGGUGAUCGGUGCCUUGGCACACAUGCACUACGCCGGCAAGUCCUUGAAGGCUUACCGCACGAGGCGCGGACGCACAGAGAUGCUCUUCGAGCAGCGGGGGUUCGACUUCAAUCGUCAGGCUGUGAUCUACAAAUCUUUCAAGCUUAUGCCCGGGGAUGUGAUCUCAUGGACAUGCACGUGGGACUUGAGGAACCUGGGUGACAAGGUGUAUGGCUUGAGCUCUGAGGAUGAGAUGUGCCAGAUCUUCCUGGCUGCCAACCCUCCACUGCCUUUCGCACGAGCCACGCUGGGCAUCCUCAGCCAAGGAGAUGAGUACGGCGUUUGCGGCACGCGUGCUUGCUUUGACGUGGAGGAAUGUUCGACGCUGGCACCGCACAGCAACGAGUUCCACAAGAUUGAACUUCAGCCUUUGACAGCCGAGGAGGGUCCACAGCGCGAACUCUGUGAGUUGCUUGUGGAGGCAGAGGCGACUCCGCCUGUGAACAACUGGAUCGUUCCGCAGAGCAUGAUCGUGCAUCUGGGCAUCAUCUCGGUGACCUACAAAGUUGUGACACUGCUCUACAGUCGAAGACUUGAGGGUCGCGUGAAUGCCCUAAAGAGAUCCUUGAACUUCAUGUUCUCCUUGCUUGGAAUAAUUGUGGGCACGCUCAUCGCCUGUCAUCCGGAAUGGUUCCUGUCUGAAGCUGAGAAGGUCUACUCGGUGGACGAGGCCAUUGGUAGCUCCUUUUGGUCUUUGAGUGCCUGCGCAGAUUGGGUGGGCAUCGCCUAUGUCUUCGAGCUCAUUGUCAGAGGUCGUGGUGUCUCUGACAAGACUUGCUUCAAGAGGAGCCUUUUCGCUGCAGCAUGGAUCAAGCUCGCAAUGCAUACGGCGAUCAAUAUUUGUUCCUUCCUUCUUUUCGUCUCAGGCGCUAACACCUUUCGCCUGGCGACAGUAAGCUUCGCUUCUUGGCUGAAGACGGGCUACAACAAGGAUCGUCCUCUUGCAACAGAUGCAAUGCGACGGUUCGAUUGGGCCGCAGUGCUCCAUGUCGGUAUUCCAGUAUUGCUGUCCAUCCUCUUCCUUACGCAGUUGUGGACGACGUGGGUGCUCCUGCGCAUGAGCCGCCACACAGUGGCUGAGAGUGCUGAGAAUCGUUCAGGCACGGUAAAGGCACACCAGCCCAGUCUGAGUCUGUGA